UCUCCAUUGAGGAUGAAGGGCGCUAUAAAGACCAAUGCAAAGCCUCGCAGAGAACCAAGCUACUGCUCACCGAAAUCUCGACCCUCCCCAGCUUAGUUGUACCCCCAUUGAAUCCCUCCCUCAUUGCCGCAUCAUCCGACAUGCCCGUUCACCCGCAACUUGAAGGCUCAACAUUCGACGCCGACCUCCGCGACCGGCACAUCAUCUACGACUACGCAGCCCACGACGGCAACGGCAACCCGGAGAAAUGGCGCUACGAGAUCUGGUUCUUUAACGAAGACCGGGUGGUCUACGCCAUCUACGGCGGCCCGAUGGCAGGCCGCAAGAACUUCCAGGCGGCAACGUAUCAGUGCAUCCGUCCCGGCGAGCUAUGGCAGGUCAACUGGUUGGAGGAAACGGGGACGAUUUGCUCCUUGGUGUUCGAUAUCCCGAGCCGACGCCUGAGUACUCUGCUGGGCUUCUCCAGAGGCCACUGGACACAGAAUGAGGCGGCGCAUGGCGACAAGCGCAACUUGGAGGAUUUUGUCCGCUGGCGGGAGUUGGCGAGGAUUGGAUCGUCGCAGGCGGACCGAGUGAUGUUGAGUGAGCAGGCUGACAUCCUGCAGGAUUUCCACGGAGCGGGGGAGCUCGAGCCGAUUGAUCCGUCCUGGCCGACGCUGUAAGUGGCUGGACGUGGCGCCAAGUGGCUGGAUUUAUGCAUACAUAUUGAACCAAUGCUGUACGGUCUGAUCCACUACAGCCGAU